GCUCUCUCUGCCCCGCAGCCGGGCCAGAGACGUGACGAUGCCCGCAAAGGUGCCAGUCGGCUUCUUCUCUUCGACGUCGCCCGUCCGCGAUCUGUUCCUCGGGCAGCUGGAUCAGGCCGAGGACAUCCGGCAGAGUUCGGAGAUCACGCUGCUCUUCUUCUACGCGCCGUGGUGCGGUCAGUCGGCCGCAGCGCGGGAGGAGGUCGAGCAAGUGGCAAAGAGUUUGGCGGAUCAGGUGCUGUUCGUGGCCAUCAACUGCUGGUGGAACCACGGGAAGUGCAGGAAGCAGAAGCAUUUCUUCUACUUCCCCGUGAUAUACUUGUACCAUCAGAGCUUUGGGCCCAUUGAAUACAAAGGUCCAAUGAACGCUGUUUACAUUGAGAAAUUUGUUCGUCGAGUGAUGACUCCUCUCCUUUACAUCUCAUCUCAGUCCAAACUGCAACGGUUUCUCUCCAAUUACGAGCCCGGCGUCUUGGGAUACUUCGAGUUCAAUGCCUCCCCCCAGCCCCCGGGCUAUUUGACGUUCUUCGCUUCAGCGCUGCACUCGUUAAAUAAAGAUUAUCUUGGAACCAUUCACUUUGGCGUGAUCACAGAUAGGCUGCUUGCAAAGGAAAUUGCGUUGACCAACUCGGGCAGCAUCUACUUGCACAGACAUGUCAAUGCGUCACUUUUCUAUCCCCAUGAAACCAUGAACUUCACUGCUGAAAACAUUUGGAAGUGGGCCCUGGAGAACCGGGAGACGUUCCUGCGCUGGCUGAGACCCCACGGAGGGAAGAGUCUUUUGCUGUACAAUGAGCUGAAGAAGGGGCCAGCCCUUUUCCUCUUCCUCCCCUUUGACCCCUUGGCCGACAGCCACCCUCUCCUGGACGAGAUUUCCAAACUGGCUUUGGAAUACAAGAGCUGCAACAGAAGUCACAGAGAGGACGUGGACCCCCAGCACCUGCAAGGAGGAGACCCCUCGGCUGUUGGCCUCCGCCUCCCUGUGGCCGAAACCAUCUCCAGCACCAGCCCUCCUUGCUGCAACACAGUGUUGCUGCCUGCCCAAUGGCACGGCCUCUCCCGGACUCACAACGUCUGCGAGCUGUGCGUCAACCAGACGGGCGGGGUCAGGCCCAGCCCCCUGGUCCGCUUGCACUGCAACUUUGUGGACAUCAAAGCCGCCGUGGACUCGUUCUACCUCAAGGAACAAACCUUUUUCCAUGUCGUGUCAAAGACGGUUUCUUCGUGCAGCAACUUCCUCAGUUUCUACAGCCCUUUCAGCUACUACACGGCAUGUUGCAGGACAGUGAAAGGGGAUCUGCUGAAUUUUGUCACCUCUGAAAAGACAACUUUCCAUCCACUGGAAGUCACCUUUGCUUCCCACGGGAAGAGUUGGACAGACAACCCCCCCGGCUCUAUUCCUCACAUUGAGGAGAAGGUGGGCCCCCACGGCUCUGCCGCGACCGGUCUGAGCUGCAGGACCAACAAGACCCUGAACCUGUACCUGCUGGAUUCAAACCUCUUCUGGCUGUACGCGGAGCGGCUGGGCGCCUCCGGGUCUUGCCCAGUGAAGGAGUUCGCUGCCAUUGUGGACCUCAGAGAAGAGGUGCAUUAUGUCCUGGGCCAGAAACAGGCCCUCUUGAAAUCCAGCCUGGAAACCUUCAUCCAGAACUACAGUGUUUUGUACAGUCCCUUGAAAAGGCAUCUCGUCGGUGACCCAAGGCCCAACCAGACUCCCGCGCAGCACCUUGUUCAAGAAGUCACCACCAGCACUUUCCGCGAGCUGGUAUUAAGGAGUCCAAAGGCUGUCCUACUGCUCUAUUAUGCCCCAUGGUGCGGCUUCUGCGCGUCUCUCAGUCACGUCUUCAUCCAGCUGGCUCGGAUUCUGCCCCCCCAGCGCUUCAUUGUGGCAAGGAUUGACAUUUCUCAGAAUGAUCUCCCCUGGGAAUUCAUGACAGAUCACCUACCCAACGUUCUGUUUUUUCCUCAUGAUCGGAAGGACCAGAGCACAAAGUUCCCGGCUGCUUCCCUCAUCAACGUGCCCAACCUCCUGAAAUUCAUCCUCCGUCACUCCAGCCCACCCUCCUUGGCCACAGGUUGGGGGCCCGGCCUCAAUGGCGGUCUUUGGCAAGAGACUGUCCUCCAGCAGGCACGCAUCGCCCGCCUGGAAAAUGAGAUUGAGGUGCUGAAAGCAGAGAUCCGGACCCUCCACCGGGCCCAGGGCCAGCUGCAGGGCCAGCUUGCAGAAGCCAGGAGCGAGAGCCAGCGACUCCAGCGAGAGGCACACGCCUUGAGGAAGCAGCACAGCCACCAGGAGCAGCUGCAGGGGCUGUGCAGCCAAAAGACAUGGCAGUUGGAAGACAUGGCGGAGAAGCUGCGGGAGCUGGCCGACGCCUCAGAGACCCUCCUGACCGAGAACACCUUCCUCAAAGUCCUGCUGGCUUCCGCAGAGAGACUCCAGGCAGCGAAACCCAGCUCGGAACAUAGCCUUCCCCGCAAGGAUGCUGCAGGCCUUCCUGCCCCGGGGCAGGACCGCUUCCCCCAGGUGGAAAAGGAGGGGGCCGCCCCGCUUGACUCCAGGGUCCCUGCAGAGCACAGCAAAGAGAACUGGACAGAGUAGCUCCACUAAACCUGGGAGGAUUAAGCUUAGUCUGAAAUACAGGGAAGACCUUGAUGCAAACUUUAUUGAAAUGUCAUUACAAAGCCUCCCCUCCCCACUUCUUUUGCUGGACUAGAAAAAUCAAAGAGUAUUUUUUUAAUGAGUCAUGGACCCAGAUCGACAGGUCUCGGGAUCUGCAAAAUUGACAAAUUGCAGGGAUUGUUCUUUGCACUUUAUAAUUGCACUAAUUUGAUAGCCUUUGUAUCAACUUAACCUAAAUUAAACAAUUUGGAGGGUACCUGCAUGAGGCUUCUCUUUCCCCGCCCACAAACAAGGCAAGAUUAGUUGACUCCAUCAGUGGGUGUCUGUCUUCAGCUCAAGAUCAAAUGCCUGAUUUAUGCCAAAUGUUCAACCUGGUUACCUUCAAGAUUUUUGUUGAUACAAGUUCUGGGACACUUCAGGGAUGUGUUAAUUUAUAAAAUUAAGGGGUGGGGGAAUAAGGAUUUCCACCCUGCUUCCAACCCCUCUUCUCUCCAAGGCGCCACAGCUGCUCUAUCUUCUCUAUGGGAGAGAGCCUCUUGCAGGCCUGACCUGCUCUGGGACAAUGAAAUUGCGAGAGGCUGUUGGUGGCUGAGCGACACUGCUGCAGUUGGGGGCAAGCCCCUGCUCUGGUGCACCUGGGGGUCACCAAGCUGCUAGCCAUGAGCAGAGGAGGGGGACCGUUAAUAAAGGCUGUGCAAGACAUUCUUGGGGGUCUCUCUAGACUUUUUGUGCACUGCAUUUCAGCAGCUGAUUUCCAGAGCAGCCAGUCAGACAGGCUGAAAUGGAGGGAUUCUGAGCUUUUCCCCUUGCUGAGCAAAAAAGGAGGGGAAAGUUGGGGGAGAGGGUCUACUUGCAGCAAAUUACUUAGAAAAUAGUGAGAAAUGAAGGGUCCCUUGUUCUGAGAAACAUUAGUAUCUCCCUUCUGCCAUAAAACUAAAAGCACAGGUGGAAAUUAGCGAAAGGUCAGAGAAGCUAGAAUGACAGAAACACUCGAGGCGCUCGGCUGGUUAUUUACAGAUGCCCUCUCGUUGAAGAAAACUUUUAUCUACAAAAAUACACUAGCUGAGAACUGUACAUCCAAUGCACCAGAGCGAAGCACGUGCCCCCCAGGAGUGUAACUCAGCGCAGCCACAGGCAAGGGAGGGACUGUGUGAAUGCUCCUCAACCCUCUUGGCCCCCACACUGGGGGUGAGGCGCACCCCCCACCGGCAGUCUCCUAGCAGCCUUCUGACUGCACUUCCGAAGGAAAGCGGUCGUCACUGGCUGCUGGUUGUUGCUCUUGGCAGUCAGAAAUGGCUGUUCCCCCCCCAUGACCGCUGCCCCUCACAGCCCUGUCACUUCGGCCAUAGCAGACUUCUACAAACUGGAUUACAACUCCCAUCACGCCCAGCCUACGUGGCCUGGGCAGCACUGGCAGGGCCACCUUGAGAUACACUUCAUCUGCACGGUUGGGCCCCUAUUAAAAGCACAUGAACAAAACGGCCAUCCAGAGCCACGGCAUUUUUCAGCAGCGGCAGGCGCAGAGAAACACGCUUCAGCUGCCAAUACAAAAAUCAAUCAUCUGCCCUGGACCACAAGAAGCCAGUUCAAAGCGCCCCCGGCCCCCUCCCACUUGGCUUCAGAGAAAUCCCAGCGGUGGUCACGCGCCUCCUAAAUCCAAGGCCACGGUUCACACCAAGCAUGUCCAUUCCCUUCCUAGUUGCUCAAAACCACGCCUGGCUCUCUACGUACGCACGUGCUCCGCAGUUGUUCACAUUAUGUCAGGGGCUCAGUGGGAGAUUCAAGUAAUGGGUUGAGUUCCCCUCACGCCGCGUCCCUGCCAGUCCAUUGCCGGCAAUGGACCUUGUGCCAGAAACCGAGACGCAUGUCCUGGAGCAAGGAGAGUUGUCUUCCCCGUGUGCACAUAGCUGCCAAUGGCCAAGCCCGGAGACCAGGGUUGCUGGGCACAGCAGCAAAGCCCCG